AAUUUCAGUCAUAUCGCAGCCACAUUUGCUCCUCUUCCUUAUUUACGAAGUCUGCUUCUCAACUAGCUAGUUCCAGAGACCAACUACCUCAAUGAGCGACAAAGAUAGCGAAGAGGGGAGCAGUGAAAGCGGUGAAGAGUAUAUUGUGGAAAAAAUUCUAGGAAAACGCAUUCGUAAAGGUGUAGUGGAAUAUCUUAUCAAAUGGAAGGGAUAUGAUGAUUCAGACGACGACACGUGGGAACCAGCAGCACAAUGCGAUUGCGCGGGGUUGAUUGAAGAAUUUGAAAAAUCGCAGAAAAACACAGCGGAGAAGUCGUCAAAAACACGAAAACGAAAGAUUCGUGAGAAAGAGGACGAAGACAAAGAUGUCAUUUCUGUGCGGAUCGACGAUGAUGACGAUCUGUUUGACGAUGGCACUUCUGAAAGUACUGCUACUCGUCCCAAAACAAAACGCAAAGCAUUAGUCGAUGACAAGAAGUAUGGUAUUUGUGAAGGACGCAAAAUCUCUCGUAUCCUUGGUCUCAAUAACAAAUCCUCGGAACUGCGUAUGCUAGUCGUAUAUUCGGAUGCGAUGAAAGAUCGCAAGAAGGGAGUAGAGUUAGUGCCAACCCGUAUCCUGCGACAUUAUGCACCUCAGAUGGUCAUCGAUUAUUACGAGUCGUUAUUAGAUAAAAAUCUUCAAUAAUGUGUCAUCUUUCACUAUCAUGGAUGAAGACGUGUUGUACAUGUUUGUAUUCAAUAAAAUUUCACAAACG